GUAGCAUUGUUCCGUCCGCAGGCUCCAUCUCCGACCGGUUCCACCGCCGUGAACCCAACACCGACAGAACCCGGACUUCGGCAGCAUAAACACCCGCCUUAUCAGCAGAUCGCCAUCGGACAUGGACGCAGCCUCCUCCAGUCAGUGCAGUUACAGUUAUGAAGAGUACAAAGAGACUGCGGACUGGUUGCUGUCGCAAACAGAGAAUCGUCCUAAAGUGGCCAUCAUCUGUGGUUCAGGCCUGGGCGGUCUGGCCGAGAUGCUCGAUGACAAGAAAAUAUUCCCAUAUAAAGACAUUCCACGUUUCCCCACCAGCACCGUGCAGGGUCAUUCAGGCCAGCUGGUGUUUGGAAAGCUGAACGGCCACGAGUGUGUCUGCAUGCAGGGUCGAUUUCACUUCUACGAGGGCUACAACAUUCACACGGUGACAUACCCAGUGAGAGUCUUCUUCCUGCUUGGCGUGGAAAUUCUGAUCGUCACAAAUGCCGCCGGCGGCCUCAAUGGUAGUUACAGCGUGGGGGAUAUCAUGCUAAUCAAGGAUCACAUCAACAUGCCUGGCUUUGCUGGCCAGAAUCCUCUGUGUGGACACAAUGACACAAGGUUUGGAGUGCGUUUCCCUUGCAUGUCUGAUGCAUAUGACAGAGAGCUGAUGGUCCUGGCUAAGAAAACAGCGGAGGAGCAUGACUGUGGGAGCUUCCUCCAGGAAGGCGUUUACUGCAUGCUGGCCGGGCCAACAUACGAGACUAUUGCAGAGUGCAGAGCUCUGCAAAAGCUCGGGGCUGACGCUGUGGGUAUGAGCACCGUUCCUGAGGUGGUGGUGGCUCGUCACUGCGGACUGCGUGUUUUGGGUCUGUCCCUUAUCACCAACAAGGUUGUGAUAGAUUAUGAAAGCAGUGAAAAAGCAAACCACGAGGAAGUGCUGAAGACAACCGAGCAUCGGGCCAAGGACCUUCAGAGGCUUGUUGGUCAGCUCAUCCCGAAGCUCUAAUAUCUUCCGAUCUGAGAUCUGCUCUAACAACAAAAAACACAACAGUUUCUUAGCUUUGAUCAAAAGGUGCAAAUGGGAAAUCUUCAAAACUACAAAUACUUUUACACAUCAUGGGGCUGCAUAAUGAUCAGUUCAAAGGUUGCAAGUAUAUAAAGAAGCCCCUUGUCUUUAUAUAUAUUUUUUAUAUAUAUACAAAUAUAUAAGCAUAAUAUAUUUUCUUGGUAAUGGAAUUGCUACGCUGUGCAUAUUCAAGAUUUAAGACACUAAGUUCGUAUGAGGCUGAAAACAUUGUGAAAACAAACAAAUGGUUUUACUUUAACAACAAAUACUAUGAUUGUCUUUUUAUGUGUACUGAGCAAGAACUGACCCGCGAUUCGCUCUAGAACAAGUUUGCACAUAAAACCAAAAAAAAGUGAAGAAAAUAAUUUUUCAAAAGUUUCAGUUUGUUGUUUUGGAAAACUUCAGUACCAACCGAGACAUUCUGGAACAGCCUUUUACCUUAUUUGUAUCUUUAAUUUGAUGCCUGUCAAAAUUGAAGAUAGGUCAUUUUGGAAAUGCCUGUUUUGCACAGCUAAAAUUAUGUAUUUUCCACUAACAAUUACCUGAGCAUCUUUUUGUCACUAGUAAAGUCCAGACAAGGGGCCAGGUUGAAAUGAGAAUCUAUUAACUUAAAAAAUACAUCUUUGAUGACCUGUUUUGCACAUUAAUGGACAACCUCUGCAGGUUCUCAUCUCACGUUUUACUGUUAUAUCUUUUAUAUACUGUCUAAAGUAAUCUACAUCAAGCUACACUUGUAUAGCUGGUGGUACGACUCUGUAACACUGAUCAUCAUGUGUGUCAUUAGAGAAAUGUUUGGAAACGGAAAUAAGAAAUUUAGGGGGAAGCUGAAUAUUGUUUUUAGGAAGUUCAUUCUUUGAAGUACAAUUGGUGAUGGUGAAAACAUUUUAAAUUACCAUUCAGAAACUCCACAUGCAGGAACAACAACAGGAACACAGUAAUGUUGUCUCCACAGUCGUAGUAUUUGACUGCUGAGUCAUGCCUUAAAUGAUCAAGCAUCUAAAUUGUUUGGCAUACUUGACGGCUAACCUUGUUUAUUAGAUUGAGUGUAUUGGUUGUAAUUAAUAUAAGACUUUAUGCAUGCUUGGAGGGUAACUUUACAAGUCAUCUAACUAGUUCGGAGAUAAUUUUAGAUCAUAUUGUAUAGCCAUCGGUGCAUUUUUACUAAAAUAGAGCUAAAGAAAGCAGUGCGCUUCCACCAAAUUAGAAUAGUGAAUCUACACUAGCUGCUAUUCACAGGAGUGAAGGGUAAUUAUUUGUAAUUAACAAUGCACAAAAGUACUUAUUUUUGCUCUAAAUUAGUGUAAAUCGCAGAGUAAUUUAUUGAUGAAUGCAACUAUGAUUAAGAAAACAAUUUUUGUUUUCUUUAGAAUUGAAUUAUGAGCUGAAUCAUUUUUAGAACACUCACCAGAAAGUGGAAAGGCUUCUUGUUAGUAAUCUUAUAAUAAUCUUCAAUAACUCACUGACAUGAAAAGCUACCCUUGAUCACUACAAUUUACUUAUAUGGAGGUACAGUUGCUGGGAUCCAAUUUGCACACUAAGCAAAGACAACAGUGUAAUAACAGGAAGGAGGUUUAGUACCCCGACCUGCAGUUUUCAAUCUGCUCUGUACCGCUUUGGAAACACUUGCCAGCUUUCCUUGACUGUCUCAUUCAUUAGAGCUGAAAAGGGCAAAAAAAUACAGGGUCAGCAGUCAACCUCUUAAACCAUUUGGAUCAGGCAGAACACCAGGAUGCUAAUGGAAGUCUUAAAGGGAAAUUACACUCAAAAUGAAGCAAACAUGUUGCCCUUUUUCAAGACGAACACAAUCUUUUGUCAGGGGUAAAAGUGAACACAAAUCAGAAAGGUGCUAUUUUCUGUAAAUAAGUGUGUAUCACUCAAGGUUUUGAAUCGUUUUAGUAUUAUUUUCUUCCUUCUGUUUUCUAACGGGGCCCGGAAGGGGUUCUGGUGCCUCUCCAGCUAACUGUCCGGGUGAGAGGCGGGGUUCACCCUGGACAGGUCGCCAGUCUGUCGCAGGUCUUAUUUUCAAACUGCUCUUCUUUUUAAUUGUACUGGAACUGCUUUGCGUGUCUCCAACUGCUGACGGUAUCUAGCGCCCAGGUUUUAAACCAGUUCACUUACACUUUAAUGUGCACAAUAACAAUGUUGUUGAAAAAUGUUGCUGCUUUCAAAUAAAAAACAAAUACAGAACACA